AUGAAUGUUUCUGGAAACAAAUUUUCUCAGGAAUCUAAAGAACGUGAGAGAUGUGAGGAACUUGCAAAGUCUUCGUCGUUUUACCGGAAAGUUUACUCGGAGAUAGAGGAAAUUGGAUGGGAACCGUUAAGGAGAUUAGGUGGAGAUUUAUCGUUUUUCAGCUUUCACAUUUUAGAUAAGAAGCGAAGAGCACACAUUUUAGAAAUUCAACUUGAUAGAGACUAUCCUCAAUCCCCACCUUCUGUUUCCGCGGAUGUGCCAUAUAUGUUUACUCUAGAAUGGUCAACAAGCUCAGGAUUGAAGGAUGUGAUGUACCAAUUCCAAAAGCAUCUGGACAAUCUUCAAGAAUUUUGGUCUGUCUUGGAUGAUAUCGACAAAUCACUUUGUGUUGUUGAUACUAAGCAACCGUCUCGUGCUUCUCCUGUCCGUCGGAUUCAUGCUGGAAAUGAUUGCAUCGUCAUUGUUCAUAUCAACUUCGAUGACCCUAAUUCCCUACCAGAGUGCCGGUUUAUUGGUCCUGUGCAUAUGAACAACUUAUAUAUGAUAUGGAGAAGAAAUAACAAAAAAUGGUCAAAGGAAAAAUCAUUCCCUGAGAACCUCGAAUGUAUUUUAGGUAUGGAGCUUCCAAAGCCUAUGAAUCUCCAAGCAGAAGACGAUCAUCAACAAAUUGAAUGCGGAAUUUGCUAUGCGCAGUUUCUACCCACCGAUGAGGAACUCGGAGCUAGAAGUGGGACACGAACAGACUACACCUGCGAAAACAUCAGCUGCAACAAGUCUUUCCACAGCCUUUGCCUCACAGACUGGUUAAGGUCUAUCACAACGAGACAGUCAUUUGAUGUUCUGUUUGGGAACUGCCCUUAUUGUUCAGACCCAGUCGCAGUCAAAAUCAACAACAAAUAG